UCACACGGUGACUUUUGUGCGACACACGGAAAGCUGUGUGAGAUGACGGUCAGAGCGGACAGCACAAGAAGCGAAUAAAUAUCAACUGAAACUCAAUUCUUCCUCUGGGCCCUAGCGCAUAAAACAUCUUUAUACGCCCUAUAUUGUUACAAUUUGUAGCAAGGCGAGGAUAAAGAUAUGGAUGGCAGCAAACCGUCCCUUCCAAUCGUAUACCAAGCGGUACAGGCUCUUUACCAUGAUCCAGACCAUACCGGUAAAGAGAGAGCCUCUGUAUGGCUCGAGGAGCUUCAAAGAUCGAUGUACGCAUGGGAGGUGUCAGACCAGCUGUUGCAGCUGAAGCAGGAUGUGGAGUCCUGCUACUUUGCAGCCCAAACCAUGAAGAUGAAGAUCCAGACCUCAUUCUAUGAGCUUCCUCCCGAGACGCACAUAGCCCUGCGUGACUCCCUGCUCUCACACAUACAGAACCUGAAAGAUCUGUCACCUGUUAUAAUCACUCAGCUUGCCUUAGCAAUUGCUGACUUGGCUCUGCAGAUGGCUUCAUGGAAGGGCUGUGUUCACACACUGAUUGAAAAGUAUGGUGAUGACAUCAGCGCAAUGCCCUUCCUGAUUGAGAUCCUCACUGUCUUACCGGAGGAGGUGCACAGCCGCUCCCUACGCAUUGGUGCAAACAGGCGCACAGAAAUAAUUGAGGACCUAGCGAUGUGCUCAAACACUGUGAUCGCCUUGUUGGUGACGUGUGUGGAGAAGGCGGGCGAUGACGAGAAGAUGUUGAUAAAGGUGUUCCGCUGCUUGGGGAGCUGGUUUAACCUCGGAGUGCUCGACAGCAACUUCAUGGCCAGUAACCAGCUCAUCAUGGUGCUCUUCCAAGUUCUGCAAAGACAUGAUACAUCCACAAAUUUGCACGAGGCUGCCUCGGAUUGCGUGUGUUCAGCGCUUUACGCCAUCGAGACUGUGGACGCGCACGUCCCCUUGGCAAUGCAGCUUUUUAAAGGCGUGUUGACACUGGAGACUGCCUACCACAUGGCCGUGGCCAGAGAAGACUUGGACAAAGUGCUGAAUUACUGCCGUAUCUUCACGGAGCUGUGCGAGACCUUUAUGGAGAUCACAGUCAGGAGUCCAGGCCAAGGCAUGGGGGACCUGCGCACCCUUGAGCUGCUCCUCAUUUGUGCUGGACAUCCACAAUAUGAGGUGGCUGAGAUUUCCUUUAAUUUCUGGUAUCGUCUGGGGGAGCAUCUGUAUAAAACCAACAACCCAGCGCUUCACAGUGUCUUCAGACCUUACAUCCAGAGACUUCUGCACAGCCUGGCUCGCCAUUGUCAGCUGGAUCCUGAUCAUGAGGGCAUACCUGAGGACACCGAUGACUUUGGUGAGUUCAGGAUGAGGGUUUCGGACCUGGUGAAGGACGUCAUCUUCCUAGUCGGCUCAGUGGAAUGUUUUUCACAGCUUUACUCCACUCUAAAGGAGGGCAGCCCCCCCUGGGAGGUCACCGAGGCCGUUCUCUUCAUCAUGGCGGCCAUCGCAAAGAGUGUCGACCCAGAAAACAACCCCACCCUGACCGAGGUGCUGGAGCAGAUCGUGCUGUUGCCCCAGUCGGUGCACAUGGCUGUGCGCUACACCAGCAUCGAGCUAGUGGGGGAGAUGAGUGAAGUGGUCGACCGCAACCCACGCUUCUUAGAUCCUGUUUUAAAUUACCUGAUGAAAGGUCUAAGGGAAAAACCUCUGGCGUCAGUGGCAGCCAAAGCCAUCCACAACAUUUGCUCCGUUUGCCGAGACCACAUGGCCCAACACUUUCAGGGCCUGCUUGACAUCGCCCGCUCGCUCGACUCCUUUGCUCUCUCCUCUGACGCUGCUGUUGGCCUGCUUAAAGGUACUGCCUUAGUCUUAGCACGACUCCCUCUAGAGAAAAUCGCUGAGUGUCUGAGUGACCUCUGUGCUGUGCAAGUCAUGGCACUGAAGAAGCUGCUGGCUCAGGAAUCCAGUAAUGGCAAGACGGCAGACCCUACCGUGUGGCUGGACAGGCUAGCAGUGAUUUUCCGACACACAAACCCCAUGGUAGAAAAUGGUCAGACACACCCAUGCCAGAAAGUCAUUCAGGAGAUCUGGCCAGUGCUCUCUGAGACACUGAAUGCACACCAGGCUGAUAAUCGAAUUGUGGAGCGUUGCUGCCGCUGUUUACGGUUUGCCGUGCGCUGCGUGGGCAAGGGCUCCGCCUCGCUCCUACAGCCCCUCGUCACACAGAUGGUGAGUGUGUACCAAGUCUACCCCCACUCGUGUUUCCUCUAUCUGGGGAGCAUUCUGGUGGACGAGUACGGGAUGGAGGAAGGCUGCAGACAAGGACUACUGGAUAUGCUGCAGGCUCUAUGCAUGCCUACAUUCCAGCUCCUGGAACAGCCAAAUGGGCUGCGUAACCACCCUGACACCGUGGAUGAUCUUUUCAGACUGGCCACAAGGUUUGUCCAGCGUAGUCCUGUCACGCUCCUCAGUAGCAACAUCAUCAUCCACAUCAUCCAGUGCGCCAUCGCUGCCACUACCCUGGACCACCGGGAUGCCAACUGCAGCGUCAUGAAGUUCAUUCGGGAUCUCGUCCACACGGGAGUAUCCAAUGAUCACGAGGAUGACUUUGAAGUGCGGAAGCAGUUGAUUGGCCAGGCCAUGGAGCAGCACGGCCCCCAGCUGGUGACGCAGCUGGUGCACUCCUGCUGCUUCUGCUUGCCGCCGUACACGCUCCCCGACGUGGCCGAGGUCCUCUGGGAGAUCAUGGUGUUCGACCGGCCGACUUUUUGUCGCUGGCUGGAAACUGCACUGAAGGGUCUUCCCAAGGAGACAUCGGGCGGUGCAGUGACUGUCACUCACAAGCAGUUGACAGAUUUUCACAAGCAGGUGACCAGUGCAGAGGAAUGCAAGCAGGUGUGCUGGGCGAUCAGAGAGUUCACCAGACUGUACCGAUAGCAUGGCAGCCACGUCGUCUCCAUACCAGGUCAGAUCUUUUGUUUGCAAGCAUUCAGUAAUGAUGUUAACUGCAGAAGAGAAACUUAAAGGGAACUCCUCCUUCGUGAAGGACAUGGUGGGUCUUGGCACUUUGGCUCUGCGGAAAAAGCCCAUGGGAUGUAUCACAGCUUUGGCGUGACUGACAGGGUAAACAGAAACGUGCAUUUGCCUUGGUUUGGUUUGGGAAAAACCAGAAGAGCCCUCUCUCUCCCUUUGCCACUUGACUCCUCCCUCCCCAACCACACACCGAUACCCACUGUUGCCACCACGAGCGCGAGACGAGACGAGGCGAUGGGAGGGCACACUCCUCUGCUGUGAGGCGUGUGAUCAAUCUGGUGAGGAGAGCAGUCUGACUCCAGUUGGAUUUAAUUCAGCAGCGGUUGGAUUUCUGCGUUUUAAGAAAGAAAGAAAAAAAAAACACAUGUGCAUACAUACACAAACACCACACAAAAGCAAACACAGAAAAAGAUGUGCCUGGUUGCAAAUGAUAAUGCAUUAUUGAAAAAAAAACAAAAGACUUGUAAGUUUUUAAAAAAGCAAAAUGGAGAAAUGAUUUAUUUUCAUGGACGUGUCUUUAAAAAGCAAAGCUAGCUUUGCUGUCUGUGCCAUAAGAGAGAAAAAUCAAAGACAGCAGCUGCCUGUGGGACAGGAGGAAAAAAAGUUGUCGUCCUGGGAGAUAUGGAGUCACGUUUGACCCUUUUAAAAAGUUGGCUGAAGUUUUAAUAUGGACUGCCUGCAGGCUAAGCUGUAUUAUAAACAGAUUUUUUUUUUUUUGUUCCAUCAGCAUCUUUUGGCAUUGCCCAUUCUAGACUUAUGUAAUCUGGCAAUGUGUAGAUAUCUUGUGAUCAAUUAAAAAAGAAAUUGAGGAACAAAUGAAAA